CCAACAAAUUCUACGAUGCACCAUGGCAGAUUGGGCAUUCUGACCAAAACGUCCAACUGGAUCGCUCCAACUACUGGCUGACCAUUUGGGCUGUCCAACCAAAUUGGAGCACAAUCUUGGACAAAAUGGUCCCUCCCAUGGUUGAAGCGCUAUUGAUCCAUGUCAAACAGGUCCCUUUAGAAAAGUGAGAAAUCUGUGGAGGUUGUUCUCUCUAUUUUCAACAAAAAGUGGAGGCUUCGAGGCCACAGCAUCCACUAUGAUUUGAAUAUUCGGAUUAUUUGCUCUGUGGGCGCUGAAUGGAUAGAUUUAUAAAUGGAGUCGACAUUGGGAAUAUAAGGAUAUACAGUGGAUAUCUUCUCUUCAAGACUCUAUCACAUUGUCAGUGAUCUGAAAUUCAAACCCUGAUCUGCAUGGAUCCUUCAAAAGUAAGGGAUCAAAUGAAUCCAAGAAAUAAAAGGAGUUAACCACGGAAGACAAAUCAACCAUUCAACGAAAGCUCAACAAAACCACAGCUCUGAUGCCUGUGGACCUACAAGAGUUAAAGGGUUAAUCUUCGACGGUGUCUUCAAACACCAGAGAAAGCAUGAAUGCCCCAAACUUUGGACAUCCUCACGUCUACAUUUAUGGUAAAGUACCAUAGCAGGCAUCAGCAUCAACAUGCUCAGAACAUCCUGGUUCAAGGGGACGGAAUGCAGGAUUAACAAAGGAUAAACACAUGGGGGCUUUUUGCCACCAAAGAUGAGGCAUGUCUCAGAUUUUGUCGCUCAUGCCGUGAAUAUAAAUGUGGAUUUUCACAAAAACAUUCCACGAGAAACACCCAGAAAAUGGGUGACAUUAUGGAACGUAAGCACUUUUCUUUUCCUUGGCAUGGACGGUCGUUUACAUGGAACAGAUUUUGCGUUGCUUGGUUUUUUUUCCUCAACACUCAUCGGUUGUUAUUUUUUCAGUCUUUCUUUAGAUAUUUUUUCAUAUAUACUUUUUCCUACACAUGCUAGACGGCCAUACAUUGUAUAUGUUAAAUUGGAUUGUAUCAUGUACAAAGAUAAAUGCAACACAUCUAUCAUUUGGAAUACAGAGACUAAAUAUAGUGUACAGAGCAGCAAGCAGCUUCGACUGCCCACAUGAUGGAGGGAACACAUGCUCAGACACAAACAAGGACAAAUGUCAUUGAAGACUAGCAGAACAGACCUAUCUACACAAGUGUGGGUGUGUUCAUACGAGUGAGUGUGGACGAAAUCUUGCCUGUGGAGUUUCUGUACGGAGAGCAUGAAGCAGGCCUGGUUAUUAAACAGGGUUUCUUUUCAUUUUUGGUCUCUGGUGACGGGACCAAAGGACUGUUAAACGAAAAACAGACCAGAGGGGACCUAACGGUGUUAGCGUGCGUGUCUGUGUUAGUGUGUGCCUGUAUGUUUAUAGAGGGCAGUGCCAACAACAGAAAAAGAGAGAAGAAAGAGAGUGUGCUGAAACUUGUGCAGGCAUUUUUGUGCACAUCUUCACUUUCUGUGCGUACAGCGAUUUGACGUAUUUGUGUGUGAAUGUGUGUUAUCAUCGUCACCCCACGCUCCCAUCCCCCCCCAAACCCCACUGCCUUUCUCGGGAUAGGAUUAUAAGGAACUAAGCCUCUCAAAACCCACACAUUGCAGAACCAAGAGGGUUCCAAGACCACAGAGUUCCAGAUCUCAAAGGGACACUUGGUGCCUUCAAAUGCGGCCGUGUUUACCGUAUUCCAAGAUGAGACCAAAUGAAUGCCCCUGUCCUGUGGUAUCAGAAUAUAGAGUGGUUAUUAUAUCGACCAAGACCACCCCCCCGAUUCAGAUUCGAGCUUUGUCUGCUGGAUCUGCCUGAUGACUGCUUAACCCUCACCCCAACCCUUCUCCAAUCCAAAAUCUGAGCAGUCAAAAUGACUUCCUGUGGUCUUUUUAGGGCCAAACUGCCAAGCUCCACUCUUCCUGUUUCUGACAGCAGAGAGCACGCCGUGUUAUCUAUGACACACACAUCAACAUUAAAGUGGUGGAGGCAACUAGACGGAGGAAGGGAAAGAUGUUUUCACUGAUGCUCCCACUGGAUGGACCUUCCACUUCAUGUGCUCAGCCUCCAUCUGUCCACACAGACCGACCUUUGAGAUCAGACAUGCAUUUCCUCUAUGUGGGCGACCACACGUGGGCAACCAUGUUGGGUCAGAGUGUGCGGCUACAGCCGGUGCCCAUCCAGAGCCUCUCUGAACUGGAGCGAGCCCGCUUACAGGAAGUGGCUUUGUACCAUUUAGAAGAGAGGGACCUGGACUUCAAGAUCAGCAUCCCAAAGGAAACACGCAAGCGGAGAAAAUCUCUACGCAGGAAGUUCGACUCGUUUUCAAAGGAGAAGAAAGAGCGAGAAGCCGCCCCGAAGGCGUUCGGCAUUCCCCUCUCCCAAGUCAUCGCCAACGACCGGGCCUACAAGCUGCGACAGGACGCCUUGAAAGAGAGCAGACGGGACUGUCUGGAUCUGGAGGCCAGCAUCCUGCGCUUCAGGGCUGAAAAGAGACAGUUCUUUAACGGGAGCAAACCACUGGUCAGUUCCUCGUCCGUCACAGGAGAAGGCCCCACCUCGUCACCGUGUAACUCUGUAGCACCGGCGCCCGUUUUUGAGAGCCAGAACAAACCGCUGUCGCCUACGUUUGUCGACAACAUCGGCCGAGGAAGAAGGAGGGGUGGUCUCUCUGUGGACUCCAUCUCUGACCUUGUAGAGUCUCAGUCUCGCCUUCUGGAGGCGCUGCAGCUCUCUCACCCAGCAGAGCUGGAGCUGAAGAAGUCAGCAGGUGGAUCGUCAGAGGGGAGGACGCAGACCAAACUCAGCCUGAACCCCAUCUACAGACAGGUGCCCCGUGUGGUGGAGAGGUGCUGCAGUUACAUCGAGACUCACGGCCUUCAGACUGUGGGGAUUUUCCGUGUUGGAAGCUCAAAGAAGAGAGUUAGACAGCUGAUGGAGGACUUUGACAUGGGCGUGGACGUGCAGCUGGACGAGGAGCAAAGUGUCCACGAUGUGGCUGCGUUACUCAAAGAGUUCCUGAGAGAUAUGCCGGAUCCUCUGCUGCCCCGGGAGCUCUACCCCGCCUUUCUGCACGCCAACUUGCUGAGGGGAGCAGACCAGCUUCAGUACCUGCAGCACCUCCUCUACCUGCUCCCUCCCUGUAAUUGUGACACCCUGCUGCGCCUCCUCAGCCUGCUGCACACGGUGCAGAGCUACGCCCAGGACAGCAUCGGGACCAAUGAUGAGGAGAUUUGUGGGAACAAGAUGACGUCGGCAAACCUGGCUGUGAUCUUCGGUCCCAACCUGCUGCAGAGAGAGAGAGGAGGAGACAUCAACCCUCACGCCAUCGGGAUCGAGGACAGCACAGCGAUCAUCAGCGUGACUCUGGUGCUCAUACAGAACUACAAGAGGCUCUUCACGGUCUCUGCAGAGCUGCAGCAGGAAGUCCUGAUGAGUCUGAUCCAGACUGACCCCGAUAUCAUCGACUACCUGCUGCGGAGGAAACUCAGUGGCAGUCAUCUGACAGUAGAGAGCAGCAGCGAGACAGGAGGCCGGCGGGACACAGGGGCGUCUCUGGACUCUGUGGGAGCGUCUAGUGGGAGUCUGUCUCCUCUGGAGCCUCCAUCACCACUUUUCCCUCCAGACGGGAACGGCGGCGAGGGCAGCCUGACCAGCGAGGUGUUUCUGAACGUGCUCAAACUGAACCAGAACAGGAAGAGAUCGGAACACAGAUACGGUGAUGUUCCUCCGGGUAAAUCCAUCCGCCACAUGCGCCAGUUCCACUCCCACCACAACCUCCUCAGCCUGGCCCAGCCCUCCUCCUCCGCCAGGGUCCACUGUCAGGACACAGACCCCCCGGACCGCAGGGGCCCUCUGGGGCACGCGCUCAGCUUCACGUUGGGCGGAAAUGGGAGCGGCAGCUGCUCCAGUCUGAGCGGCUCGACAGAGAGCAGCAUCUGGGUGAGACAGACGCCGCAGGAGGAGAACAAACCGACCACGGUGUCCAACUUCUGGGACUUCUUCACCGGGAAAGGGUCAGGCUCGGAGACGAUGGUAUGAUGAAGGGUGAGGAGAGGACGGACAUCUUUGCUGUCAGAAGACUUGAGAAAAGUGGUCAAAGCCGCUGUUACAUUUCCAGAUGUUAACUGGCGUUAAUGGAUGCUACAUGUGUUUGGUGUUAUAACGUCCUAAAUCAUUAAUUUUCUCACAUCAAAUUUCAUCUUUAAAAGAGCAUAAUGUUGCAGAUUUUUCAGCUGGAAGUUGGACUUUUUAACUCUUUUGGCACCUCUGGAACACAGCAUGUGCAUGAAUAUGGCAUUUGGACACAGAAAGCUUAAAAAUAUAUGAAAAUGGAUGAAAAAUAAUCAAAAGACUUUUCAGAUUUGUGAUAAAAACAGAGACAUGGACACGAGUAAAUGAAGGACUACCUGUGUUUUUACUUGUUAUGGCUGCAGUAAUAAUUUUAAUGUAUAUAAUAUGUACAGGAUAUAUUCACUACCAACCUCGUAAUAUCUCCAUCUGCAUGGACUUCGCAGUAUCUCCACAGGUUUCACUACCAGAUUCCUUUUGCUUUGCUGUUGUUUUUCUUUAACCUGCAAUAAGAUGCAAUCUCAUUAAAUAUAAUCUACAUUUUAACUAAUGAGUAAGAGUCAAAAUGAUUGAAGGAAUUCAAACAUCAGAGGGUCUGAAAACAUUAGAAAGAACAAAAAUAGGAGUUGGAUGUUUGUGUACAGGAAGUAAACAGUGAUUUAGUGAUUUGCAGGUCAAAAGGAGUCAUGAUAUCAAGGUUUAUCUGGUUGAAAACAUGGAUUUUAUAUGAAGGUUUUACUAUUUAAAUAUUAAGUAAUAUGAGACUAAUACAAUCCCAAUUCCAAAAAAGUUGGGACACUGUAAAAUGAAAAAAAUAAAAACAGAAUGCAAUGAUUGUCAAACAUCAUAAACCCAUAUCUUAUUUACAAUAGAACAUGAAAGCUAUUAGCUCAUUUUGAAUUUGAUGGCAGCAACAAAUCUCAAAAAAGUCAGUACAAGGCCAUGUUUCGAACUAUGUAGCAUGCUCUCUUCUUUUAAAAACAGUCUGUAAAUGAGGAAUGUUGCCCCAUUCUUGCGGCUCAACAGUCCUGGGUCAUCUUUGCCUGAUUUUUUAUGUUAUGAUGCUCCAAUGUUUUCUAUUGGUGGAAGGCCUGGACUGCAGAUAGGUCAGUUCAGCACCCCGACUCUGCUACUGUGAAGCCAACCAUAGAAUGUGACUUUUUUGAUAUGUAUUACAUACCAUAGAUCAGUGUGACUCAACUCUGCUCAACAAAAGAGCCAAAUUGUUGAAAAAUACCUAUGCAUGAGCCACGAUCUUUGUGGUGAAAAUGUGGUGCAAAAAUAAGUUAAAACUGGCAAAAAUGGUCAAAAAAACAGCAAAGAUGUGGCAUAAAAAUGGGUGAAAGGGGCAAAAUAAGCACGCAAU